AUGUGCAACAUUAACAACUCUCUCAUGACCCUGAGGACUUGCAUUGAAGUUCUUAGAGAGAACCAGUUGACGGGUUCUUCCAAGAAAGUGCCAUACAGGGACUCCAAGGUGACCCAUUAUUUCAAGAACUAUUUUGAUGGAGAAGGCAAGGUCAAGAUGGUUGUUUGCGUCAAUCCUAAGGCUGACGAUUAUGAUGAAACUCUGCCGGUGAUGAAGUUUGCAGAAUUGGCUUCAGAAGUACAGGUUCAACGAUCUGUCCAGUCGGCAAGACAGGAUCCUGGAUUGCUGCCUGGAAGGAGAAGAGCAAACCAGCUGUUCAAGGAAGUUCGACGGAGGUUAGAAGAGGAGGGUGAGAAUGUCAAGAACUUGGAAGUGGACCUGACACCCAUAUACACACUGGCACCAGCUUGGCCUGCUGUUAGUUACACAGCAGAGACACGGGAUGAUGUCAUUAUGAAACUCAAGGCGUAUUUGCAGAAGAGAAUUCACAACAGAGAGAAGCUGCAGACUGAACUGAAAGGAAAGAUUCUAACAAUGCACACUAAUGUAGUAGAGAUGGAGAAGGAAAACCUCAUUAUGAAGAAGGAAAUCAUGAGUUUGCGAUCACUGUAUGAUGAUGCCAUGGCAAAGGUCCGGACAUUAGAAUCCAUGCUACUGAAUGCAGAAUCUGUCAACGAAAGUUUACAGAGGAAAUUUACUGAUUAUAACAACCUAGUUGAUGAAUGCAAUGCUGUGCGAGAAGAAAGAGACAUAGCCAAGUCGCAGGGACAACUAGAGAAACAGAGGAUGAAAGCACGUUUGAAGUGCAAGCUAGAGAUUGAGAAGGACAAAUUGAAGAAUGACAUGCAAACGAAACUAAGUGAACAAAAGUCAAAAAUGUACCACAGUCAAGUGCGAGCACUGCAGGAGAUUUUCUUGGACGACAACCAAACACCUGGAAGUCGAGUACCUUCAACUUCAGAUUCAGACCUAAGGCAGCCUCGUCAAGGUUCCCAGAACCAAGGCAUCAAGGGAUCUACAUCUGACCCAAAACUCAAUGUCAGCCAAGCAUUCUUGACUCCUGACCUCAGAGGCCCUGCAGUUUCAAACCAAAGACAUAGACGUUCAAGAUCUCAAGGUGCUGAUAUAUGGCUCGAUCAUCGUCCAGGACAGGAGGUACCGCUUGGAACAGUUCUACAGCCAAAUUUGCCGCGACGCAAGUCUGUCACAAGACUACGCAGUGGGGACCUUCUUGAUGGUCGUGUAACAAAUUAUUGUUUGACCACUCAGCAGCAGGACUCUGAGGGAGAACUUGAAACAAAGUUGUACAAGGGCGACGUACUACCUACGGCCGGAGGAGGUUCCCAGGUGGUGCUACAGGAUGUGGAGAUCCUCAAGCAGCGAGAUCCCCUGGCUGUCCCUCUGUCUAAGCGUUCCUCGGAUGGUACCCCUAAGGUAGAUGCCACCACUGUGCAAGAGCGUUGUGCAACUGGUAUUGCAUAUUAUGGCACCCCCAGCCACUAUGUUCCUAGCAAGCGUACAAAGUUGUAAGAUAGUAUUAUAUUUCUUAACUUCCAAUUGGUAUAAGCCUUUUUUAUUAUCAUAAAGCUCUCAUGUUGUUAUUUUGUAAAUGAAGAAUUUUAUUUGUAUUUCUUACAAAGGAACCUCUUCUUUUUUUCUUCUUUUCACUGUCCAUUUAUAGGAUUUUGUGAUUCUUUUAGGCAUCAUUUUGAUUGCAGACCAUUUUGGAAUAUUGCAUAAUUAAUAUGCUGCUAACUUCUAACAAAAAAUGACCCCAUAUUCUAAUAUGUAAUAUAUUGCUUGUCUUUUUUAUGGAAUGUAAUAAUCCUGAAACCACUAUAUUAGCAUCAGAUAUGAUAUGUAUAGUCCCCAUUAGCAUUACAUGUAUAGUGAAAAAUUAAUAGGUCUUCCCUAUUUGUUUUUAUAGAGGGGAAGGUCAUACACUAUUGUUGUACUUACUAUGGUUAGAAUUAUGUACUUGGAUUGUGGAAAGCCUGUAAUAUUCUCAGUGAUUUUUACAAUUGUGAUGUGAAGCAUCUACACAACGGGCUGGAAUGUGGUUUGUAGGAAGGGGACAUUUUUGGUUAAACUUUUACUGUAUGAAUAGUUCUUUAGGAAUAUAACAUGUAUUUAUACUUCAUGUAGACUAAACUGAUUAUGCCAUUUUUCUGAUGGUCUUCACAACAAUUCCUUUACAGCUUUUUUACUAAGUGAUACCAUGCCUUGUUCUAUAGUAUAUUGUUUCUGAAUGGAUGUGAUUGUUGUAUAGAUGUUAAAAAGCUGUCAAAGGAUUCAGGAAUCAAUCAGUUAUGUAGUAUGUAUUACCAUAAACAAAAUAAACAAGACUUACAUUAA